AUGCGCUGGAGUCCUUGUGCUGACCAACCCACCGCAGCUGUCAUGGCCGCCGUGGCGCUGGUGCUGGUGGGCCUGGCGGUGGUUCUGAUCCUCUCCGUGGGCCGGCACAAGGGCAGCUACCGCACCGACGAGGCCAAGGGCGGCCAGUCCGGCCAGACGGCGGACACGGCUCUGGGCGGCGACCGCGCCCUGCCAGGCGCCGUGGAAACAGGGCGACGAGGAUUUUGA